AUGGCCGCGAAGUCGGACGGAGCCGGGGCCGCCGCGGCCGUGCGCAUGGAGCCGGGCGCGGAGGGCGGCGGCGGGGGCAGCCUGGCGGGCGGGGCGGGCCGCGGGGGCGCGGGGCCCGGGCCGGCCGCCCCGCCGGCGCCCCGCGCCUACAGCCUGCUGGACUGCUGCUGGGUGCUGGGCGCGCUGCUCGUCUUCUUCUCGGACGGGGCCAGCGACCUGUGGCUGGCGGCCGAUUACUACCUGCGGCGCCAGCGCUGGUGGUUCGGCCUCACGCUGCUCUUCGCGCUGCUGCCCUCGCUGGUGGUGCAGCUGCUCAGCUUCCGCUGGUUCGUGUACGACCACACGGCGCCCCGAGCCCCCGGGGCCGCCCCGGCCGCCGCCCCGCCGGCGCCGGCCGCCAGCACCAAGGACAGCGGCGGCCCCAAGGACGGCGGCCGGCCCGGCUCCGCGCGCCUCUCGCCGGCCCCGGCCCCGGCCCCCGGCGCCCCCCGGACCCGGGGCUGCUGCCGCCUCUGCAUCUGGAUCCUGCAGUCCCUCAUCCACCUCCUGCAGCUGGGACAGGUCUGGAGGUACCUCCGGACCCUGUACCUCGGCCUCCAGAGCCGCUGGCAGUCAGAGCACAGACAGCGCCACUUCUACUGGAGGAUGAUGUUCGAGAGCGCGGACAUCAGCAUGCUGCGGCUGCUGGAGACCUUCCUGAAGAGCGCCCCCCAGCUGGUGCUGCAGCUGAGCAUCAUGGUGCAACAGAACAACAUUGAGCCCCUGCAGGGUCUCUCGGCCUCGGCCUCCCUGGUGUCCCUGGCGUGGAUGAUCGCCUCCUACCAAAAGGUGCUGCGGGACUCGCGUGAGGACAAGAUGCCCAUGUCCUACAAGGGGGCAGUGGUGCAGAUCCUCUGGCACCUGUUCACCAUCGCUGCCCGCGCCAUUGCCUUCGCCCUCUUUGCCUCCGUGUUCCAGCUCUACUUUGGCAUCUUCAUCGUCACGCAUUGGUGCAUCAUGACCUUCUGGAUCAUCCAGGGGGAGACGGACUUCUGCAUGUCCAAAUGGGAGGAGAUCAUCUACAACAUGGUGGUGGGCAUCAUCUACAUCUUCUGCUGGUUCAACGUGAAGGAGGGCCGGAGCCGCUGCCGCAUGGCCAUCUACUACACCAUUACGCUGGCGGAGAACGCGGCCCUCACCGGGCUCUGGUACAUGUACUAUGACCGCCAGGCCACCGCUGACUUCGACGCCUUAAUCAUCGUCUGCGUGGUCUCCUCCAGCUUCGCCCUGGGCAUCUUCUUCAUGUUCAUCUACUACUGCCUCUUGCACCCCAACGGGCCAGUGUUCGGCCCCCAGACCAGCGGCUGCAUUUUCAAAAAGGCGCCGGCCGCCUGCGUGGGACCCCCGGAGGACGUAAUCACCAGCCCCCCACGCUCCUUGCCACGGACUACAGGGGGGGAGAGGGAAGGGGUGCCAGGGGACAGGGACAGCUGCGUGCCUGUUUUUCAGGUCAGGCCAAGCGUCCCCCCAACCCCUGUUGCCCGCGCCCCCCGGACAGAAGGGCCCGUCAUCCGAAUAGAUCUGCCCAGGAAGAAGUACCCUGCCUGGGACGCCCAUUUCAUUGACAGGCGGCUCCGUAAGACGAUCCUAGCGCUGGAGUAUUCUUCUCCGGCUACCCCGCGCCUGCAGUACCGCAGCAUGGGGGCCUCGCAGGAGGUGCUGGAGUAUGAGACCACGGUGUAGGCCACCGCGGGAGCCAUGUAACUGCCUAGCAUGCCCCCCCACCCCCACCGUGGGGCUGACACAAUGGUGCAUUUCCAGAACCCAAGGGGGUCGCUGGUCAGAGCCCACUGGCCGCCAGCCAAGCCCGGCCUUCCGCUGCCCUGGAGAGUGGCUGUCCAGUAUCUUCUUAGCAUUUUGCCUUUGUGUUCAUUCGCACUGAUGGCCCCGCACCUCCCCGCUCUACCCCCCAUCCCAGAGGGGUUGGCGAGGUCAGCUGGUGCUACCUGCCCCGCUCUGCCUUGACAAGCUCCCCCUCUAGGCAAUGCCAUGGCAAAGUUUUCCUCCCUGUGCCCCAGUUGCGUCCAGGCUGCCUCCCUGGCACCCCCACAGAUGGGCCCAGAGGAGUCCAUCCUCCCCUCCAGGCGGGAGUCUUUGUUGGUGCUGAAAUACCUCACCUGUACCUGAGCUCAAACAGCCUGGAGCCGCCCCAUGGUGUGGCCUCUAGCCACCGGCAAAGGGGCAGGGCACCUGGUGCAGGAGGGGUUGCACAGAGCCCGGCUGGAGAGGGUGGGGAGCAGCUUCCUUGUGGGUGUGAGGACUGGCCGGAGCUGGGGAGCAGGGUGUGUGAGGGGCCACGGAAUGGGGGGUGGGGGAAUCAGGGCAGGCUGAGCGCCCUGGGUACAGAAGUGCACCACAACCCCCAGUUACUCUGGGCACAGGGGGGCCCUGGGAAGUGGGGCUGAAGCAUGCGGAGCUCUGGGGGAAAGGUGGGGCCCUGGUUGCUGGAACACACACUGGUUUCUGGGGCGUGCCGGGGGUGCUGGGGUAAGGUGGAGCAUGGCAAGAUCACAGGCGCAAUCCUUCAUCAUUCCUGUGUGAAGUCUGUUCCCGCCAUUCCCUGGGCCUUGGAAUUAAGGGAAUGACCUUGGGCCCCCUCCCUGUUGUUCCCCCCCACCACACACACACACCCUGAAAUGCCUGCCACAGCUGUGCCAGUCCAUGGGGCAGAUGCACUUCUGCCUCUGAGUAAAGGGGACAUAGGAAGGUUAAUAAUCCCAGCGUCCCAUGGGGUGAGCGUGGCGGGGGAUUCUCCCUAGAGUGUUGGGGUCAUGAUGGAGAGAGCUCCUGGGAUCCCAAGGAGCCCGUCGGCGAAGCUGGGCCGGCAGGAGCUGGAGACAACAGGGAGAAAGCUGGAGCUGAAUGAGGUGUUUGCUUGAGGCCAGGCCAAGCCAAUGGCAACAGCCCUGGCAGGGUAAACGCCAGAUUCAUACCAGUGCCAAGGGCCAAACUCCCUGGGACUCCAGUGUCGUCAGGAUGCAAAAGCCCCAGGGCUGCAGCAAUGCCAGGCACCAGCACACACCCAGCGUUUGCCACUCUGCAGAGCCUUCUGUGCCAUUCAAUCUCCUGUGCGAGGAAUGCAGCGGGGCCGCGCUUGGUUCUAGGGCCUCGGGUGGUAAAUACUGAGUCUGCAGGGAUCAGUGUCCCAUCACAGCUCUGCAGGCAUGCCCCGAACCCAGGCCAGAGGCUGGGGGCAGUGAUCUCUCACUGGGGUGGCUGUUUCAGGUUUUUUGUGAACCAGCUGGUGUGUGGGGAGGGGCUAUAUCACCGGCAUGCCAUGAAAUUAACAAAGGCUCCCUCACUGUGCAGGCCAGGCCAGCGGGCAGGACAAACCCCGUUUGUCAGAUCCAUACCUCCACCACUGAAGGACAAUGAUCUGAACAAGGCCUUUUCAAGCCAGACUCAUGCAGCUUUGUAGAGGGUUGUGGCAGGUCUGCCACGGGAAGCUGGGGGUGUUUUGGUGGCUACUUCAUAUAUUUUCCUGCUUGUGUGUUUCCACAUCUGGAAAACCUGCAGCCUUUCAAAUGAUUGUAGGGGAAGGUCAGGGAGAGGGGUGUCUUUCACCAAGAAGAUUAACAGGUCACAAAGAAAGCCGCGUGCGCACACCCCUGGCCCCGCAGAGGGCCAGCCCCACCUCUGUUCUGACCUGACUUCAGCGCACACGCAGGUGUGAGGUAGGGCAGGGUGAGGCCUGGGCAUGCAUAGAUGCACACACGGAUCUCAAGGGAUAGAUUUAAAAAACGUGUGAGGUGCCCAGGUGCUCCCAGAUGCCUGCGGUUAUGUGCGCAAACCGGUUCAUUGCACAUGCAAAAGGCUGAUUAGGCGCAUUUACCGAUUGGCCUGGGCAGAUUCAUUAAUCAAGAGCAGAAAUUAGCUGCCCCUUUUUCACCGGCAAUGAAGAGCUGAAGCUUGCUGAAUCCCUGGCCCACAGAGAGGAGGCAGCUGGAUCUCACAGUGCCACCUCACUGAUCCCAAAUGCUCCAGCUCCUACUGUGAGCCCCAUGAUCCCAAGGAGGGGUUGCAACCACAGGAAAGGAGAUGAUGCCCUGAGAGCUAACAGCCUUCGCUCAGGGCUAUGCCGGAAACCCCAGACCUGCUUCAGCUGUGGGGGGAGCCCAGUCUGGCCAGGCCCAAGGUCACCUUCCAGGCUGAAAAGGAGGAAACUCAAGAGUUACAUGGCAUGUAGAAAGAAAGCAGGAGCAUGUGGAGCUGGGAGGAAGGCAAAGCCCUCUCCACAUUUUCAGCCUAGCUGUAGGGUUUCAGGGGGACACUCUCUACACAGCCUCCCCUUCCCCCACCACGUACAGGCUGCUCACGCUUCCCAUGGUCAAAGCCCCACCAGCUCUCUGAGUCCCUCCGUCUACAUGAGCAAAGGGCUGUAGCAGCACUGGGCCCUGCCCUGGUGCUCACCUCUCUGCCUGGCUGGGGCUGGGGCUGGGGUGGGAGAAGGGGGUAGCUCCCUGCUGUCUGAGUUGGGCACCUUAUGGGAGAGUCUGAAAUAUCCAAUUUCCUGUUUCUUUUUGCCCUCACCCUUGGAUUUAACCCUUUGGCCCCUGCAGCUGUUGGCUCUCCCGCCGUGUGUUCAUUCCGGUGGUUCUGCAGCCUGCUUACCCUGUGUCCUCUUACACAGCUGAGCACCCUGUGACUGGCACCUGACUGGGGCACCGGGAGAACUGGGGCACUGCUCACACAGGGGGAUACCUGAGUCUCCUCUCCCACAGCUAGGCUGGGCUGCGCUGACUCUGGGCAGGAAGGGUUAAAAUGUAACUGAGCCAGAGAACAAACCAGCUGCCUCUACGUCUCCUCCUGGGACUUAAACGCACUGGGCUAGGUCUGCCCAGGGCAGCCUCCGCUCCUCUUGGGGGUCAGUCAGGACAGGGAGCGAGGGGGAAGGUGUCUGGUGCCCAAGGCUGGUAGCUCUGCUGGGCCAUUGCCUCGGCCCGUGGGUGUCCCUGCCAGGCUGAGUUUGCCUGAGCCAGGCACCAAUGGUUUGUCUGAUUUGCGAGAACUGCUUUUUCUGAUUUGUUUGAUUUGAAGUGAAAUGAUCUACCUCAGCAACGCGGGCUGGAGUCCAUUGCUACAGCUGGCUCUGCCGGCAGGGGUUGCUGGGGGGGGGGGGGGGGGGGGUGUGCUCGUCACCAGGCCAGAAAACCAUAGGUUCAUUGCGCCAAACGUCACCCAGGCCAGUGAGAUUUGGGUGGGGAGCUUCCCGGGCAGUACAGGCCCAGGUGCGACUCUCAGGGCUUCAUGAGAAGGCACCACGCAGCGGAGAGCAGAAUCUGUCCUUUGUCAACUGUGGGCAGGUCCUGAGGGCCCUUGCUAAGUUCUCAUCCAGUCCUCACUCAGACUAGCUCCUGAUGUCAGCCUCUGGCUAAGGAUUUAUCCCACGCUUGGCACUGGUGUGUGCAAGUCAGCAGGGUGGAGCUGAGCAGGGCCUCGUGAUCUGGCCCGCUCUUUCCCAUUUCCACCUGCCUCUACAGCCACCGGGGUGAUGGUAAAACUCGCGUUUCCCUGGGGCCUCGCGAUGUAUUCCCCCAGAGCGCUGCUUCUGCGCUGACCGUCCCAUGCAGCGAGCGGAGCAGCGUGCGCCUUGGACAGGGCUUGGACGUGCUGUGCAGUCCUGGCUGGCUGGCCCACAUGCACCGUGACCUGAGUCGCCUGCAGGCACCAAGCAUGGGGCAUCCCACCUGCCGCAUGCACUGACUACACCCCCUCCCUGUGCACUGAUGUGUUGACGCACCUGGCUACAGCAGGUGCUGUGUAUCCCCUAAGUGCCCCGCGGGCUGGGCACGCUGACUGCAUGUCUUGCCCCGGCACCCACACGAAGCACUGUGUUCACCCGCUGGUGCACUGAUCUCUCCCAGGGACAGAGUGUCCCGUGCACACUGAUUACACCUCCCUGUACACCAGAAACUGAGCAUCGCGUCUCCUGUGCACUGUCUGGCACGAGUCCCACAAGCAGGACUUACAGGGCAGGGAGUCACGGGGACACCCUCAAGUCUCACUCAUGACUCCACAGUCCCUUGUGGUCACACGCCCAGUGCCAGUGAGAACAAGCUGUGCAUGGCUCUGGCGAAACUACGGGGCAGAGCAGGGGCAGUCCAGCUCCCCCUCCUCAACUGGUGCAGGGAGAGGCUCUCCCCCCCCUCCCGCCCCACUCUUGUUUCAAUCUACUUUAACCCCAGUGCUUGAUUGUCAGUGCACUGACUGUACCAUGUGUUGUACCUCAUUAUACCCCUGGCAUCUGCAUUACCACACACUGACUGCGAUAUGUGCCUUUUACACACCAUGCUCUCACUCACCCUGGCUCCCUGUACUGUCUGGUAAUAGUGAGCUCCAUAUAACUGUGCAGACCUCACACUGUAACUGCACCAUCACUGCUGACUACACCAGGUGUAUUACACCUCUCAAUCUGACUGUAUUUUGCACACUUACUAGCACACUCUUGUCCCAUACACCACACUACACAUUGAUAGUAGCAUGCUAUAUAGCAAUUGUUCCUUUGCACCAUAUGUCCAUUGUCCUUUUCAGGCAACUAUGGUCCUGUUGUACCAUGGACUGGCCCAGAUUAUGAUCUCAGGUCAGUGGCAUCAAUCCAGGGUAAUGCACAGUCAGCCGAGUCACUCUGGAUUUCUGUCAGUGUAACGUGAGAGCAAACGCUGACCCACCACCUGAAGAAGACCGUGCCCACAUGGUGCUGCUGCACGGCAUGCUGAUCACCCCGCCACCUCCGCCCGGCGCAGCCUGCCCCAGGAUGCUGCAUGCGUUCUGCUCCAGUGCGGCACAGCGUGUGCUGUAACACCAAGCACUGUCUGCAGCAUGGACAGUUAGCACAAUUAGCAGAAUGUUCUUCACAUCUUCCGAGGCAGAUUGUAACCACGGCCAUCUGAGGCCUGCCUGAUGGCAAGCAGAUUGCAGCUGGAGGCUGACUCCUGAAGGCGGGUUUGAAAUAGAUUGCAGAGAGAGAGCUGGGGGAGAGAAAUAGACACAGCUGGACAGAAGCUGUCUGUGCAUAGUCUGCAAAUGACUGUCCGCAUGGGUGUCAGGGUUAUUCCCACCUCGAUGCUGCAAUCUGAAGAAACAGGGCUAAGCCCAUAGCAAGGGCAUAGAGGCAGCCCAAGAGCUAGUCACUGCCUCAGCGGCUAUAACCUGGGCUUCAGAUUUAGCCCCUUGCUUAUUUUGGUCGCUGUUUUGGAAGCAGCCUGUUGACGAAACGCCCUUGAGCUUGAACUGGUGUUUCUCAAAGUGUCAGCCAGUAGCAAGAGCUAGUGCCCCCCUGCAGUACCCAGGGUCUCCCCUAGGUGUCGCUGGGUUGCUGUUCUGUGCAAUGUGUCGAAGUGGACACAUUGCCUUGUGUGUUGUAUUCUUUGUAAUCUGAAGAGCUGGGCCAAAGCUGGUGGCUGGGGUGUUUUUAUACCUUUCCGUAUUGAAUGGCAGCCGCAGAAAUCCUUGCUGUAUGCAUUUCCCCUGGGUCCAGGUUACAGCUGGAGCAUGGAGUCCAGACCUACACACCCAUAUGCAUGGAGCAAAUUUACACUAAUGAAAGGGCAGAGAAGUGUUUUGCUUUAGUAGGUCCUCUGGAGCCCCAGGUCUGACAGGAACUCCAGCCCCUCCGAGUUCAGCAUUAACCGGCCUGGCAUUGGCACAGCAUCUGGGUGUGAAUUAGGGCCCUGUGGGACGAUCUGAGCUUGGGGGUCGGGUUUGGGUUUCUCUUUCGCCUCAGGGAACCAUUUAUGGGUCAGGAAUACUAUGAUAGCUGGUCCACUUGGGUCAUGUGAAGGGAGCAAUGAGGAGUAUUGUGUCGUGGCCAGAACAUGGGACUGGCAGUGGGGAGUUCAGAGUUCUGGCCAUGGCUCUGAUUCUGAGUGACUGUGUGACCCUCGGCAAGCUCACUUAAUCUUUCCUGGGCCUCGUUCUGUGCCUCAGUGUCCCAUUCUGUAAGAAUGGGGUAGUGAGUUUGCAAUCAAUGUUCGUCAGGGGUUUUGAGAUGCUCAGAAGAAAGGUGCUAGAGAAGUGAGAACUGAUUAAUAUUGUUAGCUCCCCUGUCCAUGGUCUGCCAUACCAUGAGGUCAUUUUUUUGGCCCUAUAAAUGGCUACUGGAGAGACAAGGUGGCUGAGAAUAUGCCUUUUAUUGGACCCCUUCUGACGAUGGCUGACAGUUACAAACACCAGAGCCUGCCUUCCCCACUGUUUGGGCUCUAAUCUGGCUCUAGUGGUUAGUCCUAGGGGACUGUGAUGGCUGCGAGCACGCUGUUACUUUAUACACGUAAGGAAAGAGUUUCUUAGCAAGUUUGGAAGCGUCAUGUUCAUGUCACUCGGGCUCCAAAGAGACAGGCUGUUGUUUGGCCAGCCCCAGCUGUUAUAAAGGGGUAAAUACAUGCUUAAGCCUCACAGUCUGGGACCUGCUACUGUGGGGUGGCCGGGGGACAGUUAAAGGGGCAGGAACUGCGAGGUUGUGGGAGGGUCCCAGAGUUUGGGUUGCGGCCCCAGUGGGAAUGUCUACAUGGCACCCGGCAAUGGAACUGCCUGGCAGCCUGAGCCCUGUGAGGGAGUCAGCUGGCACAGGCCAGCCGCCGGUGUCUGAUGGUGAACUUUCCAAGCCCACACUGUGUAGUAAUCCUGGGUUUGCAACGCUGGACCUGGGUAUCACCGUCCUGCUAACGUGGCCGUACCUCGCCAUGCAGACCGUCCAACUUGGGUCUGCAGUUUGAGCUGCGUCCACACUGCAAAGUGACAGGGCUUGGACCACAGUCGCAGCGGGACUCGGUCUCUGACUCAGCUCCCUAGCAGGGUCCUAGGAUCUAGGUCCUGAGUGUUUGCUCACCCAAGUCAGACUGAUUUGUUUGUGGACGGAAGGGGGGCUUGGGCAAACCUAAGUCAGAACCUGGGCCUAGUGUGUGGUGUAGACACAACCACAGAGCUUUAAAGCUCAUAACCCACCCCUUAAACUUCACCAGGAACCAGCUGGCAGCCAGUUCAGACCCCAGAGCUCCAGGGCCACGCACCCCUGGGGGACAUUCUGCUUGCUGCCUGGCAGCAGCACUGAGGAAGAGUCUGAAGCAGGGUAAGUGAAUCACUGGUUGGAUCCACAGGCCAGCAGGAUGCUCAGUGACCCCAUUGCUGCUACAGUCCCUGGGGCUGGGAUAGCAGCCAAGCAGCCUCAUGCCACCAGAGUGGGGGGAAGAGGCUUCUUCCACACCCCUACUCCAGUCUCCUGCACAGAUCCCGUUGGCCUGGGUUUUGUGGGAGAGGCGAGGAGAGUGGCAUGUGCCCCUUAGACUACAGAAGCUUGUCAGGUCCUGGGUUUGCUUCAGUUUUGGUUGGUAUUCAGCAUUGUUAGCCAGAGGGUGCCUGUCAGCAUUCAGCGUAUCACCAUCCUCAUGGUCCUCCACUGAUACCCAUGCUGGGGACCUCUGCAGGAAGAGUGACGGCUUCCUCUAGGGCAGUGAUGCCCCAGCUCUUCUGGGGUACCUAGCUGGGCUUGUCACAGGAUCCUCGCUGCAGCCCUAGGGAGGAGCAGCGAAUCUGCAUCACCUCCUCCUUAGAGCCCCUGUCCCGCCCCAGCCCCAUGGCAUGAGCGCAGAGAGGGCAGUUGUUGGAGACGGGUUCUUUAGUGGCUCCAGGGGACUCCGUGGGAUAUUCCCCUUCGGUUUGCUCAGCAGUUUGCUCCUAGGUAUAAAGAAGCUGGACCCUCAGCUGCCAUCGUCUGUGUCAGACGAUUAUCCCAGCCCCGUGUAGCAUACAAACCAGCUGCCUCCACAGUUAUUUUCAGCCACUUGCUGGGAAAAGUAAAAAGACUUUCCGGGGGCCUGGUUGGCAGGCAGAUGCCAGGAGGGUGUUGUGGGCGAAGGGAGGACUCUGGAGCUCUGCUGGGUGUUUAUAGUGUCCGUAUAGAUAUGUAGAUCAGCUAGAGUGAUCCUGACUGUGUCCAGGGUCUCAUUUGGGGGACGGCGGUGUGGGGGGAUGGGUUUUCCUGUGUUCUGCUCUGUGUCGCUGUGUCUACGUGUGUUUGUGGGCACUCCGUGACGUGAUCUUGUCCAGCACACAUGACCUGAGACCUCCAGCCUGUCUUUCCAGCCCAGCACUUGGGGUCAGGUAGGAAGGAGGGGGUCAGGGGGGUCUCUGAGCUCCUGCUGCAGGGACUGGACAUGGACUGGACACACUCCCCUGUGAGAUGGGCGUGGGCCCUGCCAGCAGGUAGAAGGGUGUUGCCUGAGGUAGCCACAGCUUGCUACAGACACGCAAGAAUCCCGCAUUCUGUGGGCUGGCCUGUGAAAUAUGCACCUCCUCCCACAGGGUUGUAGUCAUCUGGGAAGGGCUUGGAGGCCGGCGUGUCGCCAUGUGGGAAACCGACUUUGGCUCAGCAGUGACCUAGAGGUGGUCGCUGGCUCCUUGGGCUGGUGGGGGGUGGGAGCCCUGCAGGGAGGGCUGUGAGGAAAGGGCAGGUUUUUCUGUGCACCGAGCCAUGGGCGUUGGACCCUCUGGAGGAACCUUCCCAGAGCAAGCGCUGGGAACGGGAAGCCCACUGAUAAAAGGGCCCGUUUUCUAUGCACUCCAGCCACGGUAUCCUCACCGUCUCCGCUGCUCUCGGGAGAGGGGGAACGCUCCCUAGCCCCUGCAAUAACCUCAGGAGCAGAUCAGCAGCUGGGCUCCUGCAGCCAGCGCACCAUGUGGCAUGCCAGUGGGGAUGAGGAGGCAGACCCAGGAAGGAUGGCUGGGCCUGGGAGAAGGGCCCUGCAGCAGGGGAACUAACGGAGCCCCUGCGAGUCUCGUCUCUCGUCUCCCGGUGGAUGAUCCCGCCAAUGCAGCCUCUUGCCCUUCUGCCUCUAGCUGCUCAUUCCUGCUGGGCAGGUGCAAGGCCAUGUGUGGGCAGGGCGGGCAGAGGAAGCCUGGCCCACCUGCGCCGUCUCUAAGGCAGGGCUCCCAAUAGGAAGUCCCUGAGCGUUCUUAGCUAGCGCCUGAGGAGCCUUGGUAGUCCGGUCGCCUCCCCACCCACCCAGAAACAAGCCUGUUCCCUGCAAUGUCACGACUCUCAUGACAUUCUCAAUAGGGCUGAAAAAAGACCCAAACCAAGCGGAAAAACUGACCUCAGCCGCUGGGAAAUGGGCUUUCCGACAUUCUCCUAGCUAGAUCCCGUGCAAGGCCGGCGCAGGACUGCACCCCAACAACACCGUAACCAUGGCAACUCCCGGAACGGGCCCUUCCGUGAGCGGAGACGUGGGUGCCAGCUUGAAAUCUGGAGCCAGAGGUGGAUUUUGAACACCCCCACCCCUUCCCCUCAAAAUCCCAAACCAAGAUUUUGGUCCAGCCAAAGGGACACCUGCAAAAUGUGGGUCUAGGGUCAGGUUUGGAUUCUGCCUCCUGCUUUAAGGGCAGGGGGAGCUUGGUUCAGAUUAGGGACUGGGUUCUGCCCACUAAAUGACACAGACCCCACUGGUGCCGGGGGUCAGAGCAGGGAGGGAGGGUGCUGAAUCCUAGCCCUCUCCCCCCCAGAAUUCAGGGAGCUGGAGCUGGGGUUUACCAGGGUCCAGCUCUAGUUUUAAACAGCCAGUGGGAACAAAGCGCCCACUCUGGUUACGGAUUUGUUGGGAGCACUAGCCACGUGGCUGGUUGGUUUGCUGGCUAGUUCCCCUCGCCCGGCACAGGUCUCUCAGAGCUGUUUGUUUCUCCCUUCUCCUUCUCAUCCAGCAUCUGGAAAAACUUCCAUCAUGUACUGUAAAUACUCUGUGUGCCACCUUCUUCUUACUUCCCUUGGGAGGCGGGCAGGGCCAGGGGUGGGGGGGAAGGAGACCGAGGUUCUGUACUAAGACUUUUUUGUAUACCACAAACUUUUUGUAUAUUUUUAAUUUUGCUGCAACAUGAGAUAUUAAAUUCCUUUCAAUACA